GCGCACUUUCAUGCAUUUCUUCUGUUUCUUCGUCAACUUCACCUUCGGUCGAGCUUCGAUGACGGGUGGAGGCUUUUUUCUUAUCCGUUCCGUUGCCAAAACCGUAUACGAAGAAUUUGUCGGUGCAGGAUGUCCAGCAUAACAGCCUGCAAGCAGUGGAAGGAUUCCUUUUACGGUCACUACGAACAGAAAUGUGUUAAUAGCAGCAGCAAAUGAAGUGUGGUUGUGAUACAUGUCGGCAACACAACCGUGAGGGUAGGACUGCGGCAGUCGUGGACAGUUCUGAACAGGGUUUGGAUUGCGGUGACAGGAGAAACUCUCUGUCUCAAUUACCUCUAACUUGAGAUCCUUCACGCCAAUCCCUUCUGUAGUGAGCGAUAUCUUUGAGACGUUCCAAAUUGCAUUAAAAGGUGGCAACGCGUUGCUUGAUUCCAUAACGUACGUUGAACCUUUCUUCAACCAUAUGUUGAACAUAUCCUCUUCGGCCGUGAGAGAAAACUCGGGUAG